AUGACCCAUUCUCUAGCUUUACCAUCUACAACCUUAAUCCAAUACACCAUAACUCCAAAAAUCAAGGCAUUACCUAGGUCAAAAUCAUUCAAAAUUCAAGCUGUACAAGAUAAUGAACGUGGACCUAGAAGACUAAUUGACAUUAUUCGUAUUGUACCAGAAAUUUCAAGAAAUUACUUUAAAAGCCCUUCAAGAAGGGCACUAUUUGGAGGUAUAUCAUUGCUUGGUGGAUUUUAUGUGGCGCAAACAAUUUCUCUAUCAUUUGGAGCAUUGGGAGUUAAUGACGUCAUUGCAGCUGUAGUUUGUGAUUUAAUUACCGAAUAUGUGACAAGGUUUUACUAUAGUAGGCCUAAGGUGACAUUUCCUAUUGCUCUUUUGAACAAUUUUAAGAUGGGUUUUACUUAUGGUCUGUUUAUUGAUGCUUUUAAACUUGCCAGUUGA